CUUAAGAUCUAUUCUAGAUCUAUAGUAUUCUAUAGUAAAGCGUUAACACUUUAGUUAACUGUAGAGUGUAUUAUUAUUAUAAUUAAUUAAUUAUAGCCUUUUGUUAGAACUGUUAGAACCUAUUUUAGAUUUAGAAUCCAUAUUUUAAAUUCUAGGGUUAUAGGUUGAGUUUAUUUGCUGAGAAUGCAAGAAAUAGUAGCUCCUGUAGAUGGUAUCAAAUUUGAAAUUGAAAUAGCACUGGAACUUCAAAAAGGAGCACAGCCUUUACCGUUUCCUGGGAUGGACAAAUCUGGUGCUGCUAUUUGUACUUACUACUUGACAUCCGUAUGCAAUAAAGGUGCAGCAUGCCCAUUUCGUCACAUUAAAGGAGAUAGAAGCAUUGUAUGUAAACACUGGCUCAGAGGGCUGUGUAAAAAGGGGGAUGAUUGUGAAUUUCUUCAUGAGUUUGAUAUGUCCAAAAUGCCAGAGUGUUUUUUCUUCUCCAAAUUUGGCCAGUGCAGUAAUAAAGAAUGUCCAUUUCUUCACAUUGACCCACAGAAUAAAGUUCGAGAUUGCCCAUGGUAUGAUCGGGGAUUCUGCAGACAUGGUCCUAAUUGUAAAAAUCGUCAUGUUAGACGUGUCAUCUGUCAGUGUUAUCUCAAUGGAUUCUGUUUAGAUGGACCCAACUGUAAAUAUGUGCAUCCUUCCUUCAAGAUUCCAGAUCCAGAUCCCAUUUUUGCACAGAAAAAACAAUCUAUUGUUUGUCAUCUGUGUAUGCAACCUGGCCAUAAAGCUAUCCAGUGUCAUGCUGCCAAGCCAUUGGGUAUCACCUCAUUAGAGGAUGUGAGCAACCAGGCCCAGUUUCAAGCAACACAACAACUUCUGCAGCACCAGCAGCACAUUUUACAAGGACUACAGCAGAGAGAGAGAAGACCCUUAGACCAGAUCACAUGUUUCAAAUGUGGAGAAAAGGGUCACUUUGCCAACAGAUGUCCAAAAGGUCAUCUAGCUUUUUUGUCAGCUGCAAAUUAUGCAAUAAAUCAAAGCCCAGGAACUGCUGUGUGAUUCUACUUCUGUUGAGAACAAGGAACAUUAGCAUAUUGUUGUCUAGAGAACAAGGAACAUUAGCAUAUUGUUGUCUAGAGAACAAAUGUUAAACUUGUAUCUGCAGACUAAACAUUUGAUCAAGUUGGGCAAGAAAUAAAAAUGUUAUUGUUUCCAAUGUCAAUUGUGUAACUAAAAUAAUGUAUCUAAACUAUGUAAUAUUUUUGUUUACAGUCUGAUUUAGUGUUGACUUCAUUAGGUUUGAAGCAUAACCAAGUAAUUUUAAAGCAUGGUCCCACAAAUACAUGUGGUCAACUGUUUUUCUAUCCUAAUCAAUAUUUUGUUUUGUAGAUAUAUAUUCUGUUAUACUCGCUGUUAUAAGUUUUGUUAUAUGAUUGAGAUACAGUUCCUUUUUUGACUUGGGAGACAAUGGAUACACCUAGAGAAGUGAAAUGUUCAGGGUGCUAAUGAGGGUAUUAGAUAAAGAUAUCACUGGUUGCCCAUACUGCAUAAUCCCUUUCUUUAAUCCCUGUCUUUAAUCCCUUUCUUUAAUCCCUGUCUUGUCCUUUGUUGGUCUAAAGUUGCUGCCAACUUGGCUGGAGAAGCUACCACAAGUAAACCACUCCUGUUUGAUUUUUGAGUUUUCUCUCCUAGAGUUGUUGGGGUCCUUUGUUAGAGCCUUAUCUUUUUUUCUAAAUAUCUUUUUUUGUUUUUGGUUUACCUCUAGUUUUUUUAAUGAGAAAAUCCUUUCUCCUAUAAAAUCUUUAGAAAAAUGUGUGUUCAGUUUAUUGAAUUUUUUAUUCCCUUGAUUCAUUAUAGAGUAGAAAAGGAUAAAAAAAUAAAAUAAUUAUGACAAAUAUAAAAAACUUUAAAACAACAAGCUUUAAAAUGCACAGAAAAAAUAAAAUAAAAGCAAUGGUCGCUCGUGAGAUCUCUUACCUAUUUUAGUGACAAAUGUUUUGCUAAAGUUUGUUUUAUUUUCUCAUUGUCAGUGCAUUUAAAAGCUUGCUAUUAUAAUUGCUUAUUUUCCACUUAGUCAUUUAUUAGAUAUGAAGUUAACACUUCAUAGGCCACAACUAAAAAUAAUUCUGUUAAAACCCAACCAGUAGCUUUUGAUCUCCAAAAGAGAGUUCUAUACCCUUACUUAGUUUGUUGUUGACACUGAUGCUUAAAAUCAGCCAACCGUGAAAACAGUUCACUGUUCUAAACUGACUGAUCAAGUAUUCGCUUGAUAUUUGUUAUAAAUUUAGAAUUUUACAAAUUAAAUUUGAAUUACUUAUUGUCUAUUUAAUUAAAUAAAAAUUAAUAUAUUGCAUUGUCAUCAUUAUCAAAGAUGAAGGUAUCUGGAAAGUUAUGGUUAGGUCAAUAAAAAUCACUGGAUUGGAAGUUGGUCAAAAUAAUAACCCUAACCCAUUGGAAGUUGGUCAAAAUAAUGUACACAAUUACCACAUCCUACAAACAGACAUUGCAAACUAAAUAAAAAAGUUGUAAAAAAAAAUUUUUUAUACAACCAGGUAUCUGAUUGUUGCCCUAGAACUGAACUUCUUGGUUUGUCCUGUGUUCUGUAUUUAUUUCUGUUUAUAAGGUGUGUGAGAACGUGUAUGAUCGCUUCAGUUCAGUCCAGUUCUUCUAAAAGAGCAGCAUAGGUUGUAGGUUAGUUCUUUGUACUUUUCUAUAGCUACUUUGUUAGUAUUUAGAAUAGCUUGUGUUUGUGUGGAUCGGAUUAAACUUUUAGUGUUCA